UUUAAAUCAUCAAGACGAGACUAAAAUUGGAUUUAUUUGAUUGGUUGUCAGGGGGAAGAAUCAAUCAAAGAGGUCGAAUCAGGUUUAGAAAAGGGGGACGUGUUCGAAUUCCAGGGAAUGAUGAAACCAGAUGCAAACAGAUUCGACAUAAACUUUGUAAAUGGAAAUGGAGACAUUGCGUUUCACUUUAAUCCCCGGAGAAAUGAAGAAGAGGUCGUCAUGAACAACUGCGAAGAUGGCGAUUGGCAGAGCGAGGAAAGAACGCCUCUACAUCCAGUGUUUCAAACAGAGAAGCCAUUUGAAGUCAAGAUAGAGACCAAGAAAAAGAAAUUCAAGGUUUUCAUCAACGGAGUGAAGUUCUGUAAAUUCAGAAUGCGAUGUGAUGUAGAAGACAUCCGCAGUAUUGAAAUUCGAGGGGAUGUCUUUAUUCUCGAAACUCUCUUGAUGAAGAGACAGAAAAAACCUAUUUGGGAAGGACUGCCGACAGGAUUGCAAGUUGGAAGUUGGGUCACUGUGCGGGGCUUUCCUAAGAAAAACUGGACAAGGUUUGAGGUGAACUUUAUGUGUAGCGGGGAGGAGGAUGGGGAUAUAGCCCUCCAUUUUAACCCCCGUAAAGACCAGGGUGAGGUGGUCAGGAACUCCAGAUUGUCGGACGAGGAGGGGUGGGGGUCGGAGGAAACCGAGGCCCCCGAAUUUCCGUUUGAGGCCAAAGACACAUUUGAGAUUGUUUUCCAUGUUGGAGAGGACAAGUUUUUCACAUUCCUGAAUGGAAAGAAUUUUAUUGAAUACAACCAUCGCACGCCAAUAGAGAGGAUCUGCCAUCUUUGUAUAAGCGGAGACUGUAACUUCUUUGAGCCGGAAAUUGUGUAGAGGGUGUCGGAAUUGACGUUUUUUCUGUCAAAUUAGUUACCAACGAAUUCAAUUUUUUUUCAGGAUAAACAUAGAUUCAUAUGUGUUAUAAGGGAAAUAAACUUUUUGUUAUAGUUUAAAUUUCUUCAUUACUGUAACUUUCAAUACCCUUAUAAAAGAAUCAAGCGUAUAAUCAUUUGAAGGCAUGAAGUAGUAUAGUAAUACUUGUAAUUUUUUUCUUUUUCUGUUCCUAAAUUGGAUAAUUUUUCUUUGUAAAUACUCGAAGAUUAUUUGAUGUACUCAUUGAAAUUGUGGAUAUAAGUCGGAAGAGGCUUAAAUACGUUAUUUUAAGAGAAAAAUACUCCAAACUGUUUAUGCAUUACUGCGACAAUCGUAAUUUUUUAAUUUUUGAGAUUUACCAACGAUUUAUCAUUUACUGUGCAUUUGUUUAUUUUCAGCAACUUUAACUGUUUAGCUAGUCUUUUACGUAAGAUAUAUUCUGUUAAAUAUUUUUCAAAGGUUAAAAUGUGUGUUUAAAUAUUUUCUGUUGCUUUUUAUUUCCUUAGAUUAAAUAAAUAUUAAAUAAUUUU